UGCAUCUUGAGAAAGGGACAACCUUUCCAAAACACUUGUGCCAGCUUUGUGACUGGCUUCACACAUAAUUUGUACAAGUUAUUGGAACUGGAAGAAUGUCGGUUCAAUUUUAUGACCAAAAACAGAGGAAGUACCAAAAGAUAACCGAGUGCCUUCUGAUUUGUGUCGUGGCCCUCUCCAUUUUCUCCGUAUUUUUUAGCGAAAACUUACGUCAAGAACGGAUCGCUAAAAAUGGGAAGUGUCUCAAUCCUAGAUUUGUUAACCGCUCGGCAGGCCCAAUCCAGAUGACGCAAAGGCUUUGGGAAUACUUUUUCAUGCCUCGGGUGGAGACAGAAUUUAUAAUGUCUCCUGUUCUGUUAUAUGAGGUUAUGGAACGAUUGGCAUUCUUCUCAAGGGGAUUCACACGUGUUCAAAUGCAACAGGCCCUGGCCUUGCCAUGCCAACCUCUGGAUGACUUAGUCCAUAAAUAUGAAUCAAAUUCCAAAAUAUUCAUCCACGAGGGCAGCGAGCUCACCGACCAGUUUCGAUCACUCUGGAACCUGCAAAGUGACGAUAUUUCAUACCAAGAGCGUAAAUUUGAUGAGUUCUACUUGCACAGCCCCUACCCGCCACCAUCUAUGUUUCUGUUGUUCCAAGGCGAAAAUCUUGAAGCCAAGACAGCCAUUGGAACUACCAUGAGAUGGCCAAUUCCUGACUUGGCACAUAUUACAAAUGACUCAGAGACUACACCCUUCAACAUGACAGACAUGUACAUACCAGCUCACAUUUUAGAGUCGAUUGACCCCGAAUCCUGUUACCGGAUUAUAACGAUGCCGAUGAAUCCGCCUGGCUUUUCAUUUGUUUUGUUUCGUCCUAAAUCGUUUUGUUCUUACGAAAAACUGCUUCACGAACUUGGGAAGCUGGAUCUCGUCACCCUGCUUCACCACAAGCAUGGUCCCAAGGCUGGAAAACCAAUUCGCAUCUCAUUUGCACCAUUUAUCCUGAGCUCGUCUUUAAACUUAAAUCUCCCCUUACAAUCUUUGACGGUCGUGGAUAUGUACAAUCGCGAGGAGGCCCAAUUUGCCAACAUUUUCAAGUGCGAGGCCGCUACCCUUCAAUUGACACUAAAAGACGUUGUACAUGAAGCGGAAAUUCAACUCAACGAACAAUCUUUCCCUUUCCGCCAUUUGGCGCCAGAGUCAGACCUCGGCCAACACGUGGAAACCGAAACUAUCUGUGGGAAAUUUCUAUUUUUCGUCAUGGACGAUUUGAAAUGGGUCCCACUCCUGUUUGGAGAGAAAAUCUCACAGGGGUGUUGAUUUUGAUAAUCGAAUCCUUUAUUCAGAGACAUAAAUGGCUACGUGUCGUCGUCAUCAUCAAA